AAUUAUACCUUUCCUCAAGGCUUGCGACUGGUGUGGGACGGCCAAAUAGCGCAAGUUUAAGAGAUUCGGUUGAAGCUUUAUCAACAUUUAAGGUUGGGUCGACUGUAGUUGAAGAGGGUAAAUUUUUGAAUUCGCCAUUUGAAGGACUUUGUAUUUGGCUCACUACAACACCAUGUGAUGUUGUUGAUACAGGUGAACUGGUGAAAAAGCAACAAUGGAAUUAUACCCAGUUUGCUGA